AUGCCAUCAAAUGAAACAAUCGAAGAACUUAUUACAAAAAUCUUUAAUUAUGACCUCAAUAGCAAUAAUGCUGAAGAAGUCAUUUUUUAUUUUAAACGGAUUCUAACAGACUUUUACAGCAAAUUCAAUAAAAAAAUCAAUACAAAAGUUAAUGAAUUAAAGGAAAUACAAAGAAGAAAAGAACAAACGACUGUACUGACAAAAUUGGACAUUGAAGAUUUUAUAUCCUCUGAAGUUGUUAAGCGAAUAGUAUUAUACAAAUAUCUAAAAGGAACUAAUAAAACUAAACUAAAAAAAUGUGACAUCAUAGAGCAGCUAAUAUUGUUUAUUAGAGAGGUAUUUAGAAUACAUUAUGCAAGUUAUAAUACUAAGGCUAUUAUAAAGCUUAAUAGCUUUAUAAGAGAUUGUAAAGUUCCAAGUAGGUCUGAUAAAAACAUUUCCUCAAGACUUUCAUUAGAAUGA